UAAUAGAAUAAUUGAUUUGUGACAUCAUUUGAUUUAUUAGUUGUGAUUUUGCAUUGUUUCUGUCUGCAGUAGCAACAUUGUAUGAGCAAUAAUUUUAAUACCGUCAUCUCAUUUUUAAGUUUUAAAAUGUAUGUAUGGAAAUUGUGGCAACUAAGCUUACUAGAACUAGAACGGGCAUAGAAAUGGUUAACAUUUCCUCACUAGACUUUUGUUUUUAUCACCAUGGAAACUAGACUACAAUGACCCUCUCAAAUUUUCCUUGGAUUCUUUGUAGCACUGACACACACCUUAUUAUGCAACAUCCAGCUCUAAACCCUAGACUUCAAAAGACAGAAUGGUACACAUCCUUUCCCUUACAUCUGUUGUAUAGUUACUUCUGAAGAGUCCUUGUUUCUGUACUAUCUAAAGCAGUGAGGUACAUUUAGCAUUCAACAUGUGAUUUUUAAAUGCCUAAUCAAGAGUUGUCAUGACUUUGCAGGAUUAGAGACUUUUAUUUAUAUGCCAGGGUCAUUUUCAUAAUGCAGCCUCGAAGGAGUUAAAAUAGUACAAGGAAGUUGAUGGUUAUUUGCAUGGAGAACAAAGUUCAGGUAACGUCUUCCUGGAUGAGGAAUGGGGGAGCGAGAUGAAGUGUUAGAAUUCGUGAACAGUUUCAUGGAAGUACUGGUACUUGGCAGUGAUAGAAGCAUCCACCGUAAGAACAUACGUUGCACUACGAAGUAGCGGCUAUUUUCAAGAUUUCUCCAUGGAGCAUUCAAGUUCUAGGCAGAGCUCAACAGUAGGAGUCCAGAUAAGAUAUGGCUCCCAUGAGUCGUUGAGGCUGAGGGAGAGGUCCUUUGCUUUCACUGACCAGAGGCCCCCUCAGUACAGCUGGAACCCCAGUCCAACAGAAGAGGGAAGAGAAGAGUCCACAGGCAAGCUGCUCCAAGACCUCAGAGAGCUGCCUAUGCCCAUGGCUCUUAAAAAAGCUAUAAGACAAGUUCGACAGAUGAAGGUACCAAUAAUAUCCAGCUGGCAAUCCUGGAAAAAAAGCAAGGCCAAAGCAAUGAAGAGAUUUCUGGAAGUUGUUGGAGAGGCUAUGGCCUACAUUGCACCGUGGCGGCGAACACUACACCAAAUUGGCGGGCAUUUUGGCGGUGGUGUGCAGUCCUACUUCUUAUUUCUGCAGUUCUUGGUUGUGCUCAACUUCCUAUCAUGCUUGCUGAUUGCGGGAUUUGUCCUUACCCCGAGUAUUGUCCUUCAGUCUAGUAGUUAUGUGAACAGCUCGAAUAUUCAAACCAUUCCUGGUAAAAGUGAAUGUAUGGACUAUAGUCACAGUCCUCAGAGCUUGUUUGUUUUCUACCAAUACUUCCUUGACUUGCUUAGUGGAACGGGUUUUAUGGAGUAUUCAUACCUCUUCUAUGGUUUUUAUAACAAUACUGUGUUGGUGAGCAUGGAAUUCUCAUACAACAUCCCCCUGGCUUACCUGCUCACUGCAGUGUUCUACCUGAUAUUCUGCCUGAUCUGCAUAGUCUUUCGGAUGGGAGCCGUUGUCCGUAUUGCUGUGAAAACAGGCGGCGGGGCUGUUGGUGGGUACAGCAGAAUGGUUUUCACAGGAUGGGAUUUUGGCCUUCAAGGGAAUCGAGCAGUCAGGCUGAAGCGGAAUAACAUUCGCUAUCAGUUGCAGGUGGACUUGGAGGAUGAGCGCCUCAAACAGCACGCUGCCUCUCUAACUCUGGCUCAGAUUGUGGGCCUAUACUCAUUGCGUGCAUUUCUCAACCUUGUUGUCCUUGGGCUAAAUGGGGGAGCUUUUUACGCCAUCUUCAGAGCUACCCAGUUCAGCCAGAGCAAUUCUGGGGGAACCUUUCUGGAUUUAUUGGUGGAGUAUCUGCCCUCUAUUGUCAUUACGGCAGCCAACUUUGUUGUGCCAUUCCUGUGUGACCAAAUUGCUCUCCUGGAGAGACACACUCCCAGUACCACAGUCAUUAUGGCACUCCUCAGGGCGGUGUUUCUUCGUCUGGCAAGUCUAGCAGUGCUGCUCUUUACACUGUGGAGUGGGAUCACCUGCAGUGGAAACCUUCAGAGUCCAUAUUGUAACAUUUGUGAUUAUAACCACAAACAAUAUCCGUGCUGGGAGACCCGUGUUGGUCAGGAAAUGUACAAACUGGCCAUAUUUGACUUCAUCUCUGUGGUUGCAGUGAUGAUUUUGGUGGAGUUCCCACGCAGGAUAAUUGUGGAUAACUGCUCUUGCAAGCUGACACAGUUUGUGGGGCGGCAGGCGUUUGUGGUGCCGCAGAAUGUCUUGGGUCUGGUCUAUGCACAGACGGUUGUGUGGAUCGGCGCGCUCUUUUGUCCGCUGCUGCCCGUUGUCAACACCAUAAAGUUCAUCAUCAUUUUCUAUCUCAGAAAGAUAACGCUUUUCCACAAUUGCCGUCCUGCAGAUCGGACCUUUCGCUCCAGCAGCUCCAACUUCUUUUUUUUUCUUGUGCUUCUCUUAGGCUGGAUUUUGGCUUCUAUCACCUUGAUAUACAGUGUAGCAGAAAUCCAGCCAUCCAUGGGUUGUGGGCCAUUCCGCUCUCUCAACAUGAUGUGGACUGUUGUUCCCAACUCUUUGCUCACUCUGUCCGACUCCACCAAACGGUUCAUGUACUUCAUUGGUUCCCAGGCCUUCUCCGUUCCUCUGUUUAUAUUUUUGUGGUAAGAACAACAUUCACCGUUUGCCUGACCAUACAUUUGUUUGUUUUCCCCGCAUCUCUGUACCUGUAUCUUUACCUCUCUCUGUGCCUUCCUCAGUGUGACUCUGUUCAGUGUUGGCUUUUUAUAAAGCUGACCUCUUUUCAAAUCUAGAAAAUGAUUUCAAUAUAAAACUCAACAUGCUUUCUUUUAAUGUUAGUAUACAUUCAGAUAAAACGGAAGACUCCCAAGUGUACUACAAGACUUCCUGUGUACUUAUACUGAAACCCCUGGCAAUG